AUGAGUUUUCUUCGAUUCGCAGCUCGCAAGUCACCGUUGGGUCAAGUGCUUUCGAGAUUCUCCUCAACAGGUCGAAGAUACACGAAGAAGCACGAGUGGGUUCUUGUGGAUAAUGGCGUCGGCACUGUAGGAAUCACCGAUUUUGCCGCGGAACAACUUGGUGAUUUGGUGUACGUCGAGCUUCCCCAAGAAGGAGAUGAAAUUUCACGUGGAGAUUCGACCGGUGCCGUCGAGUCGGUCAAAGCCGCUUCUGAUGUUUAUGCGCCAAUUUCCGGCACCGUUGUCGAAUUGAACAGCCGCCUUGAAGAGGAGGCGGGUCUCGUCAACAAAAGCCCGUUCGAGAAGGGAUGGCUGUACAAGCUGAAGGUCAAGUCCGCUGACGAGUUGAACGAGCUUCUAAGCGAAGAGCAAUACAAUGAAUUCAAACAGAAUGAGGAGGCAUCAGCGCAUUAA